AUGCCGCCCCGGGCCUCUGGCACCGCUCCUUUCUUGGCCCUCCGCUCCGUUCACCUUGGUGCCUCUGCCUCUGCCCCAGCUGCAGCGGCAACAACAACCGCAGCAGCAAACACUACGAUCCCGCCCUGGCUUGUCCUCCCGAGACCCGACCCGAACGAGUGGAAUGGCGCCUCCGUCGUGCCCGUGGCCGUCCUCUCGGCCGUCGUGGCCACCGCCUUCGUUGCCAUGCGCUUCUACACCCGUGCCAGGAUCCUCCGCUCCGUCAAGUGGGAAGACUGGGCCAUCCUCGCCUCCCUGAUCUUUGCCAUCGCCACCAGCGGAGGCAUGAUAACUCAACUCAACUUUGGUCUCGGCCAACACCUCUACUACUCCUACCCCUCCUUCGCCGCCUACAUCGAAGCAGGCAUCUUCACAAACCUCUUCUACUCCGUCAGCCUCACUCUGACAAAGAUCUCCAUACUCCUCCUCUACAUCCGCAUCCUCACCUACGACUCCAUCCGUCUCCUCGGCAAGAUCCUCCUCGGCGUCGUCGUCCUCUCCCACGCCUGGAUCAUCGUCAGCAUCCUCACCACAUGCGUGCCCCUCCACUCCGCCUGGGACUACGACCCCUUGAACCCGCCCGUCUACUGCCACCCCAUCUCCGUCUUCUGGGGCAACGCAUGCCUCCACCUCGCCACCGACUUUCUCAUCUUCCUCCUGCCUCUGCCCGUCAUCCACACCAUGCGCCUCCCCCGCCGGCAGAAGACGGGUCUGUACAUCAUCUUCUGCCUCGCGUUCCUCGUCUGCGCAAUCUCCAUAGUCCGCCUCGUCCGCCUCUUCCACACAGACGAGACCCCCCUCCAAGUAAUGGACGUAACCUGGUCCGCCGUCCGCAUCGCAAACCUAACCUGCGUCGAAGUCCACGCCGCCAUCGUAACAGCCUGCCUCACCACCCUCAAACCCCUACUAUGCCGCCUCUUCCCCCACUUCAUGGCCUCCGCAGCCGGCAACAACACAGCCGGCGGCGGCGGCAUCAUGUACAGCUCCUACAACUCCUACGCCGCCGCCGCAGCAGACGCCGCCCGCCGCGACGAGUGGGAAAAGAACUUCUCCCACGGCGACCCGGAAAUGCACUACCAGCGUCCCUUGACUAUCGGCACAAAAUCGAAUCGCCCGCGCGUGCAGAGGGAUACCUUUGCCAGCUUGGACGACCUCAAGUUCUCCCCGUACGAAGAGGCGGAGCACGUCGACGUGUUGACGGCGAUGAAACCCGCUGCGCCGGCAAGGAGCAGCGUACGGGGCGGCAGCCGAGGCAGCCGUGACGAGUUCCGGUUAGCGGAAGUUGAUGCCGGUGCGCCGUUGCGGUGGCCGUCCACCCUCGUGAGGAAGUCGAGGCUUCAGCCGCCGCAGGGCGCAAAGACGCGCGGGUCGAUGCUACGGUGCGGUCCAUGCGCUUCAGCUCUGCGCCCAUGCCUGAGAAUCGGAUUCAAUGAAUUGUAUGUAUAA